CAACAACAUCUGCCUCUGAUAAACACAUCUUUUGCUUUCGGAGGGGCCGGUUGCUGAGUCUUUCGCUGAAUCCUUGGUUAUCUAUUCUGUGCUCUUCGUUCUUGCAAACAUCAAGCAAAGAUGGGAUCGCAAGCUGGAUCGGAUCUUCCUGCGAUGAAGACCAACCCCAAAUUCAUUUUCUUCAGCGAUUUUGACGGCACAAUUACGCUGCAGGACAGCAAUGACUUCAUGACCGACAACAUCGGCUACGGCCGUGACAAGAGGCGGCAAGGGAACCUGGACACGCUCACGGGCAAGAUUACUUUCCGCGACUCCUUCCGGGAAAUGAUGGACAGCAUCAAGAAGCCGUACAACGAGUGCAUAGACUACCUCGUGUCCAACAUCAAGCUGGAUCCCGGUUUCAAGGCCUUCUUCGAAUGGAGCAUGCAGCACAACAUCCCCGUCGUCGUGCUCUCCUCGGGAAUGGAACCCAUCAUCCAGGCCCUCCUGAGGGCGCUCGUGGGCCCGGACGCGGAAAAGAUCCAGGUCCUCGGAAACUUCGUCAGGGCUCGACCGGGGAAGCGCAUCGACGAGGAAGGCGGAUGGGAGAUCGAGUUCCGCAAUCCGGAGAGCGGGUUCGGGCAUGACAAGUCGAUUGAGCUGCGCAAAUACUCGUCACUUCCUGAAGAGAUCCGGCCGACGAUGUUUUACGCUGGUGACGGUGUUUCGGAUCUUUCUGCUGCUCGGGAGACGGAUCUGCUCUUUGCCAAAAAGGGGCACGACCUGAUCACCUAUUGCGUGAAGGAGAAUGUGCCCUUCACCGUCUUCGAGCACUGGGGAGACAUUCUCGACAAGUGCAAGGAGAUUGUCGAGGGAAGGAUCACGGUUAAGCAAGCUGCUCAAGAUGGCUUCGAGGCAUACAAGGCUGGCGAAGCUGGACUGGCUCCAGUUGGAGACGCGGGACAGCCUACGGUCAAAUAGAUUACGCAAGCAUUGGAGCGUUCAGCAAAACUAUAUUACACCACGGUACAUACACAGAUAGAAGAUAGACAUAUAGACG